AGGGAGCCGGCCCCGCCCCGCCCCGCCCCGAGCGCUGCCCCCCGGGGCCGGGCCGUGCUGUGCGGGGCCGGGCCGUGCCGGGCCGGGGCGCGGGGAUGGAGGAGCCGGCGCUGCGGGAGCUGCGAGCGCUGUUGGCGCGGCGGGGCGGGCCGGGCGCGGUGCUGCUGGUGGCGGAGGCGGAGGCGGAGGCGGGGGAGGAGGCGCCGCCGCGGCGGGCGCUGCCGGCGCUGGCCCGCGACCUGCUGCAGCUGCCGGCGGAGGAGCCGGGGCCGGGGCCGGGGCCGGGCACGCGGCGGGCGGGCGAACGGGCGCUGCGGGCCGCGCUGCUCGUGCUGCUCUGCCCGCCCGCCGCCCUGCACCGCCGCGCCCGCCGCCGCCGCCUGCGCGAGGUGGUGCGCGACCUGCGCGCCCGCCUGCCCGCCGCCCCGCCGCCCGCCCUCCUCGGCGCGCUGCUCCUGCCCGACGGCCACACCGACACCGACCGCGACCGCGACCGCCGGCACCUGGAGGCGCUGCUGCGGGCCGCCUUCGCGCCGCCGCCCGCGCCCCCCGGCGCCGUGCGGGCAGCCGCCUACCGCCCCGCGCAGCCCGGCCCGCUCCGCCUCGCCGCCUGCGCCGCCCUCGCCGCCGCGCAGACCCCCGCAGAUGGAAAGGAGAGAGAGAAGCGGAGCCUCCCUGCCUUCCUGCGGUGCCUCCCCUGGGGCAGGAGAAGCCGAAGGAAAGGACGUUCAGUGACUGGGAACCACGUUUCCGAGGGGUGGAUCAGAUUGCAAGACUGGGACUGGAAAGCUCUGUCCAGAUGGGCUGCAGGAUCCGGAGGAGGGCUUGGCUCUGACCAGCGUGUCGCCCAAUGGGAUCUGUGACGACACUGGAGGCACGGGCGCUUAGAUGUGGGACGGCUCCUAGAGCAUCAGGACAGCCUGGUUCAGCAAGGAAGUCAUCACACAGCUCUUUGGAAGAAGCUGCUUCCCUCACUUGACAAGGGACAUCUGUAGCAAGGAACAGCCUCCAGAGUCCCAACGAGAGAGCUUCCCCUGCCUCCACCCCUGCUGCGGCCGAACCUGUCAGAGUCAUUGUGCUUUGGUGCUAUGUAGAGUGAAUCAGUAGGUCCGUGAAUGGAGCAUGUGCCCUUAAGAAAUCCUGUUUUCAAUCUCCUUUCCAUUUAGAAAAGAACAGCAAGGGGGAAAAAAAGGCACUAGAGCUGCACGAAGUAUCACGAUCGUGUGUUUUACUUCCAUAGAUGAGCCGGCAGACAUGCCGGUCGGCGGGUGAAGAACAGCAGGGGUUGCCACGGCCAUACCGUGCAAAGCACGCUUGUGUCACACGAGUCUCCUGGCCAUGAGGCCAGGUCAUUCCCUACUGCUACUUUUGGUGCUAAGUAGUCCCUUCACAGAUUGCACUGGAGGCAGGGUGAGCCCGAGAGCAUCUGCAGUGUUUCCACUGCGUGAAUGAAUGUCGUUAUGCUGGGGAGCUGCAUGAUGGCUGCCUCCCUCGUUAAUUAACUGUGAGCCCAGCAACAUCAUGGUUGUCUUGCCUUGAGGACCAGCCUGUCCAUUCAUCCCAUUAAGAUGUGACUUAAUAUAGCUGACUUUUUAAAGGAAAUCUAGGUGUUUCGUAGUUUCAAAGAUGAUAUUUUUAAUCUGCCUGGCGACUCAUUGUUUUGAUUGCAUAGAGAGGAUUCUAGCAACACUAGCAAUACCCAGACUUCAAAUGCAAUGGAAAAAUGUGUCCUUUUGGUGAGUGCACUUUGCUGGGUGUGAGCCCGGGUCUGGCUGCCCUGGCUCCCUGUGACAGGGCUGUAUGUGGUCAGGCUCUGGCUUGGACCAGUGCUCCACAAUUAUGUCCCUUCUAGCGGUCCUCAAGACCAGCUGGACAACUUUUCUGUUUGAGUAGGCACCUGUAACCAUUUUGCUUUGAUUUUUUCCCCCAACUUACGUUCCCCCCCCCCCUUUCUGUUGAUGGCUGCUAACAGCAAGAUUUGGGUAGUCCUAGACCCCCCUCGACUCUUGGUCUGUUGAAAAUCGACUACCUCCUUCAUGACAGCAAGGUGCCUUAGGCAUUGCUCCAUCUGCUGCUUAGAGCAUGGGGCUGGGGCAUUGGGGGGGUUCCCAGGUUCCUUACCUGGCUCUGCUAACAACUACGAACAUUAAUUUCUCUUUGCCUCAGUUUCCCCCCUGUCAAGGUGGGGGAUCGUGAUGCUUGCAUGGGAGUGGUGAGGUUUCAUGAACCUUUGCAAAGUGCUCCGAGGGCAAGGGACUUGGGAGAACGGGGGUUAACUAGUGUGCAUGGGAGCAGGACACCGCUCUGUGAUCUUCCAGUGGCUCUGCUGGGAGAGGGCAGCUUGCUGCCCAGGGGGCUGUGCUGGUGCCUGGUCAACGGAAGAGAAGUAGCAUGGAGACGGGUGAGGACCAGGAGCAACAGAAGAGCGGUGGGAAUAGGAGACAGCUCUGACCCUUGAUGGCAAGGUUUUGUCCCGUGGCUCGGUGAAUCCUGUGUCAUAACACAGGCCAUUAGAGAACGUUUAGAGUCUGGGGCUCGGCAGGGAGGUCUCAUCUCUGGGGGGGAUGCUUUUUCAGUCCAGAGUAAGUUACAGAUUUAAGCUAUUCGAAUUGGCUUGGUGUGACCUCCCCUUCUGUGCUAUGAGAGUGGCUCUUUUUGGUUCAGAUUACAGUUGCUUGGGAAGGGUUUGGACUGUACCAAAAAAGCCACCCUCUUAUGCCGAGAGCGUUCGCACUGGGGGAUUACACCUUGUAUAGCUGAUGGCUUUCCCAUGCAGAGAUGGCCUGAUUAGAAAGAACCUAGAAGGUCAGUAAGCAGCAGAGUACGUCGGUGCGUAAAGGCAGACCAGCGCCACCCACUUCCAGCUCACAGGACAUCCUGGGGGUUGAUACAGAAUCAGAGAAUCCUAGAAAAUGAGGGUUGAAGGGACCUGAGGAGGUCGUAUCUAGUCCAACCCCUGCUCCAAGCAGGACCAGCCCCAACUACAUCAUCCCAGCCCCGAGGCUUUGUCAAGCCGGGCCUUGCUUUGUGUGAAUGUGAUCCCAAACAUGUGGAAAAUACCGAGUCGUAUGAUCAAAUGCAGACAUUGGUGGAGGAAGGAGGGAAGAGAUGUGUGAUUCUUUCUGCGCUUCUCCAAAUUGAAGCCAGAUCACUUAAAUGUUUAAAUUCGGCACAUUCAUUUCCAUGUUGAGAUUAGUCCUAUAACAGAGGUGACACUAUUAUCACGUGAAUAGUGAUAGUAUAGUUGUAUUGUUAAUGCCUGUGGCCUUAACCUUGUAUGUCCCAGUGGACAGCUCAACGAGAUCUAUAGAACUGGGGUCAAAUUCUGCUCUGUUAUGCCAGUUUUAUCCAUGCAGCUUCAUUGAAGUCAGUGGAGUUAUACAGGAUUAUGUAGGAUUAAUUUGGACCUAGGUGCUUUUCCAUUGAGCUACAGAAGAAAAAUAUGGUUUGGUUUGUUUUUUUAACAUAACCAGGCAAUUAGAGUUGCAGCAGGUAUUUUAGGUACUAUUUAAUUGGGAGAUUAAUUUGAGGGCAUUACAUUAAAUGCUUGAUGUAAAUAAUAAAUAGAGAUUUAUUCUAUACCAAA